AUGAAUAAAAAAGAAAUUAAACAAGAUGGUGAACAGGCUCCAUUGACCAAAACAAGCCUGCUUAAGAUUGAAUCAAGGGAAGGAUAGAUUAUAUAUAUAUUCACAAAGUUAUUUGAUCAUCCAAUACGAUAAUAAAUUAAAUUUGCAUUUGGAUAGAUUAAUGUGUUUAUUGAGAAAUAAGGAAUUAAAUGUUUCAAAAGUGAAAUGAAUAGCAUGGAAUGCUUAAAUUAAGGGAUUGACUGGGAUUAGAAAUAUUUUGACAAAAUUAUCACUUGUUUAGAACGACCAGAUAAAGAUUUUAGGUAUUAUAAAUUAAUUGUAUUUAAUAGUUAUUCAUUUAAAAGAAGUGAAGGUAAUGAGCAAGUUCCUUGUGAUUAUGUAUUGAUAUUGUCUGAGAAAGUGCAUAAAUUGAAUGAAGUAAUAUUGUUAAGAGUCUAUUUGAUUGAAAAUUCAUCCCUUUCAACUUUAGAUCAUUUUUACAGAGUUUGUAAGGAGAUUUAAGACAAAAAGGAAAUAAUGUAUAAAAAUUUAGAAGAAAAAUAUACAAACUUGACUUAAUAAAGAUAAAAACUAUAAACAGAUAUUGAGUUUAUAAGUAAUCAAUCAUAAUCGAGAGAAAAGGAGAUCCUGAAAAAAUUUGUCCUCCUAUUAAAUGAAAAGAAGAAAGAAAUAUGCAGAUUAAAUUAAAUAAAUGGUUUAAUUACAAAUUAAAUAAUUGAAGAAGAACAGCAAAAUAAUAAUAAUAAUAAUAAUAAUAAUAAUAAUUAUAUAAAUGUGGAUGACUUUUUUGAAGAAAAGUAAGUACCAGUUAAGAAACAAUAUGAAGAAUAAGCUCAAAGUUCUUAAUUCCCAGUCAGUUAAAUAGAUUAAUUUUUAUUCACCUAAGACACAUAAUUUAAGAAAGAUCUCAGAGAAAUCCCAUCAAAAAAGACAAAAUUAUGA